AUGGGCCAACCCAAAAACAACCCCGUGCUGGUGCCAGCCCACAAAGGCAACCUCCCACUCAGACAGACCACCACGACGCAACGCCGGUCUCCCAGGUCGCAGCCGGCUUUCGAGGCCGAGGACCUGCGUCGGAGGCUAUACGUGGUGCUCGCCGAGCAGGAGGCACGAAGGGCGAUGCGGAAACGCGAGGUCAGGCCAGAAAGCACAGCGGCAAAGAAAGAGGCAGACGACGACAAGACACAAAGCCCAUCGGACUCUGCCAUAGACACCACAGAGACGGCGAAGCCAGAAGCAGCACCAGCACAGCAAGUACGCAGGGGAAAGAGCUUGGCGGCCCGAGCGACUAAGGAGUCGAACAAGGACAAGACAGACAUCAUCAAGCCCUCCCCAGAUGCGAAGCUCCGGCGGUCAAUCGACAUCGUCAAGCCUUCUCCAGAUGCGAAUAAUCUCCGGCGGUCCAGAUCCCUGCAUGACAGGCUGCGGCGCAAGCCCUCCUCCAGGGCCGCCACCACGGCAGAAGCCAUACCUCACAUGCCGACAACGCCCUAUCACCACGUGCCCCAGGAAGCGGCGGCGCAGUUCGCGCGCACGGCAACAGCCGGCAGCAUGCGCGAUAAGCAAGUCGUGCACAGCUUGUCGCAGUCGGCCAUGAAGUUCUACCUAGAGGGCAGCCCCUCGGAGCGAGCCGACCUCGAUUCCAGCAUCACGCCCGCGGCCCAGCAGCAGGCGCUGCGGAGCGCCCAGAGCCACCGCGAGAAGCUGCACGUGCGCAACCAGUUCCAGAACCCGGGCCGCAUUGCCGAGACCGAGGAGAGCGAGCACAAACGACACUCGAUCCCGGCACGCAAGUCGGCGCCGGGCCCUAGGCCGUCGAACAGGAAGAGCAUAUACGGCGCGGGUGUGGAUAUGGCGGAUGAUGAGGAUUUCGGUAGAUUGCACCAUCUCCAUCAUCACCACGGCAUGAACGACUUUCGCGUAAACGACGUGUCGUCUGACGAGACGCUGGUGGUCGACACGACGCUUGUCAACAUGCACCGCGUCGACUGGACGCAGAGCGACGAGAUGCACCACACCCACUUCCACACGCGCCACAACCACGAGAAGCCGCAGGGCCCGUCGCUGAGGAAGGCAGAUUCGAUCUGGACGCUGAAGGGGCGGCUAACCAGCCUCGCGAGACUUGGCCAUGCUGCGGGUAGCAUUGGGAGGCCUGAGGAGGUGAUCCGCGAGAAGGACGGCGACUUUGUCGGCUCGCCCAAGGCUCCUAAGUCGGGAUUUCUGGCUCGGUUCCGGCGGCAAGCGGUGGUGUAG